AUGUCCACCUAUGGGUAUGAGAACUGCGUGUCGGGGACAUUCUACGGUUUCACGGAAACUGAAUUCAACCCCGGAGACACCCUCAACCUGCAGUGGGGAGCGAUCGACGAUGGGGCAACUCCACUCAACAUCACCUUAGGGCGGGCUGGAGGAUACAUCGUUGAUCCGAUUAUUGUUGGCGCCCAGUUUAGCGAAACAAGUGCUCUCUACCAACUUGUUGUCAACGAAACCGCAAACUGUACCCUGGAAGAAUACAGCUGGGCGAUUCCGAAAGAGUUCAACACGACUGAUCCAGAGUAUCAGAUCGGGCUCUUCAACGCAUCCGUUCUUCUUGGUGCGGAUGGGAUUGCCUUGUUCGGUUGGCAAGCCUGGAGCCCAGACUUUUAUGUCCGUCCUGCAAGCACUUCGACGACAGAUGCAACCAACACGGCAACAGGCACUGCAAGUCAAACUUCAACCACGUCUUUGUCACCUGCUUCCGUUUCCGCAUCGGUUUCUUCAUCUCCGGAAUCUGAAAGCCAAUCAUCUGAUAUAAACACUGUUGGUAUCGGCGUGGGAGUCGGUGUUGGUGUUGCAGCUCUAGCAGGCAUUCUUCUAGGCGCAUACUAUUUCAUGCGACGACGUAGAAAGGCUCGAAUUUACUCACAGAGCUUUUGGGAUGUAAUGCUAUACCUCCCUUCUAUUUCCAACUGA